AUGUACAUCGAAGCCCUCCUGGAAUCCCCUCUGCACAAGCCACGGAGAGGUGCCACGAGGCUACAGGCCUGGUGGCGAUGCAUCCUCGCGAAGCGAGUGGCGCGUUGCUUGAGGAUCAACUGCACCAUGUGGCGCAUACUGCAGACCAUGGUGAACGCGAGCCUGAAGAUCCAGAGCUGGUACCGGGGCCUGAAGAUUCGGCGCAAGUGGCACGAGACCAUGCGCCACGCCCUGCGGAAGCAGCGGAAGUCGGACGAAAUCCGACUUCAGAACCAGAUCCGCUUUGCCCGAAUCCUUCAGAAGGCCAUCCGGGUCUAUCUGGCCAAGCGGCGCCUGGUUAGGCAUCUGGAGGCGUUUCCCACGCUUGCGCGGGAGAUCACCGACGAGUCCCACGGCAAGCUGAUCUCAUAG